UUGGAUUUCAAAAGACAACAUUAAGAAAAUGAAAUCGGUCCACCUCGGAGGGCAGCAGUAAGGACUGAACAGCGUCGUGUUGAGCAUGCACGUAGCUCUCUGUAAAUUACCUUUUCAAAUGCAGAGGCAGCGCCUGGGUGACUCUCUUAGGGAACCACCACCCCGAUCACUCCGGGAUUGGGAACCCGGAGCCGCCCCUGGUGGGGCCCGUGGGGAGGGGGAAGCAGCCGGGCGGGGCCUCUCGUGGCACAGCCCCCUCUGUCCCCGAAGCCGGCGGCGCCAUGGAGAUCGUGUACGUGUACGUCAAGCGGCGCAGCGAGUUCGGGAAGCAGUGCAACUUCUCCGACCGCCAGGCGGAGCUGAACAUCGACAUCCAGCCCAACCCCGAGCUGGCCCAGCAGUUCGUGGAGCGGAACCCCGUGGACAAGGGCAUCCAGUGCUCCACCAGCAUGUCGGAACACGAGGCCAACACGGAGCGGUUUGAGAUGGAGACCCGGGGGGUUAACCACGUCGAGGGGGGCUGGCCCAAGGACGUGAACCCCCUAGAGCUGGAGCAGACCAUCCGCUUCCGGAAGAAGGUGGAAAAGGACGAGAACUACAUCAAUGCCAUCACACAGCUGGGCUCGAUCAUGGAGCACUGCAUCAAGCAGAAUAAUGCCAUUGACAUCUACCAGGAGUAUUUCGAUGAUGAGGAUGCAGUAGAGGUGACAGAUGAGGCCCCUUCAGCUAAAACCAUCAAUGUUUUCAGGGAUCCCCAGGAAAUUAAGCGAUCAGCCACACAUCUCUCCUGGCACCCCGAUGGCAACAGGAAGUUGGCAGUGGCAUAUUCUUGCCUGAAUUUUCAGCGGGCACCCGAGGGCAUGAGCAACGAGUCAUACAUCUGGGACCUGGAAAACCCCAACCGGCCAGAAAUUGCCCUAAAGCCGCCUUCUCCUCUUGUCACCUUGGAAUACAACCCCAAAGAUUCCCACGUGCUCCUGGGAGGUUGCUACAAUGGGCAGAUCGCCUGUUGGGACACCCGGAAAGGCAGCCUGGUGGCAGAGCUGUCCACCAUUGAGUUCAGUCACCGAGACCCUGUAUAUGGCACCAUCUGGCUGCAGUCAAAGACGGGCACCGAAUGCUUCUCAGCAUCCACGGACGGGCAGGUCAUGUGGUGGGACAUCCGGAAGAUGAGCGAGCCCACCGAGGUCGUUGUCAUGGACAUCUCCAAAAAGGAACAGUUGGAGAAUGCCUUGGGGGCCAUCUCCCUGGAGUUUGAGUCCACUCUGCCAACCAAGUUCAUGGUGGGCACAGAGCAGGGCAUCGUCAUCUCCUGCAACCGCAAGGCCAAGACGCAGGCCGAGAAGAUCGUGUGCACCUUCUCGGGCCACCACGGCCCCGUCUACGCCCUGCAGAGAAACCCGUUUUACCCAAAGAACUUCCUGACCGUCGGCGACUGGACCGCCCGCAUCUGGUCGGAAGACAGCCGGGAGUCAUCCAUCAUGUGGACCAAGUACCACAUGGCUUAUCUCACUGAUGGCGCCUGGAGCCCUGUAAGGCCGGCGGUGUUUUUCACCACCAAGAUGGACGGGACCCUGGACAUCUGGGACUUCGUGUUCAAGCAGUGUGACCCCGCCCUCAGCCUGAAGGUGUGUGAUGAGGCCCUCUUUAGCCUCCGGGUGCAGGACAGCGGGUCCUUCAUCGCCUGUGGUUCCCAGCUGGGGACAGCGACGCUGCUGGAGGUCUCCUCUGGGCUGUGCACCCUCCAGAGGAAUGAGAAGAACACGGCUUCCUCGAUAUUUGAGCGUGAGACUCGGCGGGAGAAGAUCCUGGAGGCCAGACAUCGUGAGAUGCGGCUGAAGGAGAAGGGCAAGGCGGAGGGCAGGGACGAUGACCUGAGGGAGGAGGAGCCCACCUUGAACUUGGAGGAGCUGGUCUCCAAGGCCGAGGAGGAGUUCUUUGAUGUCAUCUUCACAGAGCUGAAGAGGAAGGAGGCGGAAGCCAUGAAGAAGAAGCCCAAGAGGCGACCAAGUCUGGAGACAGACGAGGAGGUGGAGGGAGAGGACGGAGGGGAGGAAGAAAGAGGCGGUGAAGAGAGCCCGACCUUGGAAGGUCAGCCUUGACCGCAGCCCGCAGUCCCGCUCACACGUGCGCCUCCGGUUCCCAUCUCUCGGCGCAGCUCUGGCUUUAUAAGUGGGGGGCUGAGCGCCUCCCUUAAAGGGUCUCGGGGCGGGGGGAGCAAAGGGGCCCUGACCCAGCCCCAAACCCUGCAAAUCCCUGGUCCCUGAUGGCUUCCUGAGCCCUCAUCAUCCCCAGAGACCCCUCAGAGGAAGGGAAGGGGCAGGGCUUCUCCCGGAGCUGGUCCCCUCAUCUCAGCCACACGCCAGCUGACCUCGCCCACGUCACCCGGCCCUGCCCGUUCCCUCGAAUUCACCUUUGUGAGGUCCUUCCUGACAAGUUUGCAAAGCCUCCACUGGGCUGGCCACAGCCAUGGCCGGGCCUCAGGAAGGCCUGUGGUGGAGGGAGGGGGUCUCUUGUGCCCCCGACCCUCCCCACUCACCUCCGAGCAGCAAGCUUUCCAUUUCUAAGCUUUCCAAGCAGCGCCCCUGGGGAAUGUCUGCCUCCCAGAGGGCAGGAGUCGGCAGAUGAAAGGAGCCUGGUUCCUCUUAUGCACGGCAAAAGCUUUCUCCCAUCUUCAUUCUCCUAAAAUUAAAUUAGUAACAAUAGUGCUGACGGGUAGUGCUCGUUAUGCACUGUUCUCAUGUUACCUCAUGUCGUUCUGUGGAUAAAGUCCCUGCAAGGUUUGUGCUCUGAGCAUCCCUCCCUGAAAGAGGAAGAAACAGGUUCCAGGCUCCAAGAGAGAUGUGGGGACCUGCCCAGGUCACAGGGCCCGUGGCGGGCAGAACCGGGACAGGAGCCCCGGCAGCUCACUCCCGACGCUGCACAGUGGUCAACUGUGGGCCGGGGACAGUGCAGGCCCACGGAAGCUCCAGCAUGGGCAGUGGGCUGCCCCGAAAACCCAACAAAGCAGAGCGUCCGGUGACCAGAAAUGUAGGUAGAGUGAGAGGAUGGUUCAGGGGCAGCUUUGCAGGAGGAAAAGCUCUGACCUCCUUUGGUUCUGUGGGUGUCAGGUGAUCCGGAUGGGGACCAAAAGUGCCCUUGAGGAGUUCCCGGCGUGGCUCAGUGGUUAACGAAUCCGAUUGGAAACCAUGGGGUUGCGGGUUUGACCCCU